GUUGGAGUCGAUCUUCUUCUCAGAAGUAGGAAAAGAGGUCCCAAUGGUAGUACCAGCCUCAGGUGACGCGACCGAACUACUGUUGUCUGUUCUGGGCCUUUUAUGUUGAGGAGCCUCGCCGCCAUUGUUCUGUUUGUGCCUUUUCAUGGUUGGGGCCAUGGAGAGAUGUACCAGGAGGAGUUGAAAUGCAGCUGGGGCCUGAUGUAGGAUUUUUGAAGAAACGUUGCUUAACAAAGAAAUUAAAAUAUUAACUAGAAGCAACUAUGAAUUUGAUAAAAACGCGGUUGAUCUGCUGGCGGUGGUGACCUCAUUUGAAUGGGGAUUAGGCGCCAGACGGGCUUAGCGCCGGACGGAACAAUAUCCGCGCCGAUCAGGGCCGGCAUGCCCGCAGAGCCGCCUUUCACGCUUUCUCCCGAGACGUUCUUGUUGCCCGCUCAAAAUGCAAAAGCGUUCGUUACCAACAAUGGAGCACUUAAUUUCUGAUCUUGUGAUAAUUUCGAUCCCGAUACAUUGAUAUUGCCCAAUAUCAAUUCUGUUUCUUCUAAUACCUAUCCUCUUGCAGACGACACAAUGAAUAAUACCAUUUCAGUUUUUGCGCUAUGAACUGUGCCUGUAAAAAGAACAUGACCGCCAUCUAACUCUUACCUAACCAAUCUCUCGACAAAUCCCCGAGUAUUGCUGUCCUGGUCGGUGUUGCCGUUGUUGUCAGACUACCAGGUUAUCUACCAUUGUCGUUAUUAGACGGCCACGAAGAAACGUUUCCCAAUGGGUGAAAUCGACCAUUCUGCCGAAGCGACCCUUGUGCUAUCGGAGCCAGACUUCCCACUCGCUAUUAGUGAGUCCCUGGUUCCGGUCCGUGAAAACAAAACGGCGGGAACAGUGCUUCUCUCCCUCGAUGGACUCCUAACCCCCCCUCUACAAAUCAAGGAAGACCUGAAAGACGGGUGUGGUGGGAAACUAUGGCCAGCCGGGAUGGUGCUGGCGAAAUAUAUGCUUCGCAAGCACAAGUCUGACCUCCGCGGGAAAGUAAUUGUCGAACUUGGUGCUGGAGGCGGGCUCGUUGGACUUGCGGUAGCACGAGGAUGCGCAGUUGACUCGCCAAUUUACAUCACCGACCAGAUCCCGAUGCUGUCACUAAUGCAAAGUAAUGUCCAGUUAAACGGUCUGUCUGACAUCGUUCACCCGGCCGUACUCGACUGGGGCAGCGCGCUCCCAGAGGGGGUCCCAUCGGACCCUGCUGUAAUUAUUGCUGCGGAUUGUGUCUACUUCGAACCUGCAUUUCCGCUAUUAUUAUCAACUCUUCAGAACCUGCUUAGCAGUUCGCAUUCAUUAUGCUACUUUUGUUUCAAAAAGCGGCGUCGUGCAGAUCUCAGAUUCAUGAAACAGGCAAAAAAGUUAUUCAAUGUGGUUGAAGUAAAGGAUGAUCCGGAUCGUGACCGUUAUUCGAAAGAAAGCAUUUUUCUAUACAUCAUCAGGAAAAGGGAGGUGAAAUCUGAAGAACCGGGGAAGCGCAAGGAGGAGAUAAUGCAAUGAUACAUCAAGUAAUGGAGUGGAUGCAAUAUUAUGGUAGCUUAGAGAUGAACAUUAUCAUAUUAUCUAUUUUGUCUACACUUCAAGAUGCCGUCCAAAUAUUAUAGCUUCAAGACAAGUUGCCCUCUAUUUUCAUUAGAAGACACCUUAUUGCCGUAUACAUCCUUAAGAUCGCCUUGGUUUCCAAUCACCUUAACACCACCCUUCUUCAAGUCGGAAACAAUCCUUUGUUUCUCAGCUUGCUUUCCAGUACGUAGAGGCUGAGAAGAAUUCUUCUUCAAUUUUUGCUUCUCGCGUCUCCGUCUUCGCAAUUUCGCUUCUCGCGUCAUCUCCUCCUUGGACACUGUCACCCCGCUCUUGAGAACCACUUCACCCCGCACCUUGCCCUCAUCGCCAGGAGCGUACAUUUCCUGCGGCGCAAGCAUGCCUGACGAGUCCAUUCCCGCUCCACCCGUUGGUCUCGCAUCCUCCAUCGCAAUGGUAGCGACAUCGGUGACAACAUUGAUGCUUGCCUGCGGCGGCUUAGGCUUAUGGUGCCAGCUUGAAAGCGUAUCUAAUUGAGAGCUGAUGUUACUCCACAGUCGAGCAAUCUCUUCGUGAUCACCUUUCAACUUCUCGCUCUUCUGGUCCACGAAUGCAGAAUCCGUUUUGCGAAGAUGAUCCUCCUCGUAUAGCUCUGCUAGACUCUGCUGUGGUUUUGUCUCGUCGAGUGUAAAUUGAUCACGUUUACGCUGGGCUUCGCUGCCUGGAAUAUACGGUUGGCGACGUGGGACUUCAUCAAAUUCCUUGGCCAAAAUACGCCGUUUGAUAAGCGCUUCAAUGUCAUCCGAUACUUCAGUUGAGAUCACAGGUACAGGCUUCCCAACACGUUCAAACUCAAGAUCUUCUUCGAUCAACGAAUUUACGGGGCGGUCUGGCGCCUUCGCUUCUCCAGAAAGCAUCCAUUCCUUUUUGGAAACAUUCGCGGCUUCCAAUCGUCGAAUUUCAUCCGUGAGCUUGGCUUGUCGUUUCUCAUGGGUAGACUGAGCUGUCCCUGUUUGUCGCGCGGAGCCGUCCAUUUCCUCAUCGUCGGACAUAUCAUCGUCAAAAAGAUCGCGUUGUACAUCAGAAAUAGCACGACGGAUCCUAGCUUCGAUGUCUUCAUCGGGAGUGGGCGAUUUGUGUUUAGACAAAACACCAUUUUGUCGACCUUUUGGAGCUUUGGAAGGAGGAGGAUCAAAAAAAUCAGCGUAUUUUAUGUCAUUCGCAUUACCACCCAUCAAACCCAUCUCACUUUCGUCAAAAUCGCCGUCCUCGUCCAUACCUUCGGAAUCCGAACCGUCGUCUUCUUUAGGGUAGUCCUGGUCUGCAGAUUCAUCAUCUUCUUUAUCCCCAUUAAUCGCACCAAGACCAAGAGGAUCGGCUCCCCAAUCAAUCGCUCCUUCGUCAUCGUCAUCGUCGUCGCCAUCCUGCAUCCCCUUUGCGUCCUUCUGUUCGAAUAAAGCUGUUUGAGCAUUGAAUUCGUCUAUUGAAAAGAAUCCGUCAUUGAGCUUAUGAGGGUCCUGAACAAAUUUGAUAUCGCUCGCGCUUAUUGAUUUCUUGUCUUUCUUGCGCCGUGAAGACGGUUGGACGCCAUCGAUGGACAUAGAAUCAUGAUCAUCAUCAUCCUCACCAUCCUCACCAUCCUUGUUAUCUUCCGUUACGCGGAAAUUGUCCGAGAUUUGAUCCGUUUCGGUAGUAACCUCAGAUCCAUGCUCCUCAUCUUGGGUUCCACGGGACUUUUUAUGAGGGCUGGAUUGGGAAGAGACGAUUUCCGCCUCCGGUUCUCUCAAUAACGCAAGUUCGUGCGCGGUAUCUUGUACAGAGGCAUUAAGCACUCUAUUCGCUUGCUCCCAGAUUUGUCGCGGCGUAAAACCAUCGGUAUGAACUUCCUGCAGAUGUAGCGCUUGGGAACGAAAAUGUCGAUGUUUGUCAACUCUUUUUCGGUUCCAUUUGUCUUGGAGGCGUUUUUUCUGAGCCUUGGUGAUGUCUGAUGCAAGUGGGUCGAGAUAGCGCUUUGUCGCUGUCGCCCAUGCUGUAUGUAAGGAAGUUGCCGGUUUUAAGAAAAUCUCUGGGGUCGAGGAGAGUAACUGAGUAAAAUCGGCUGUGGAACAAGCCAUGAUAUUCCUCCGGCUGCGGUGUCUGGCUAGGGUUUUGAGGGGUAAGUAGCUGCUUUUCAAGGGAUAAAACUGGAAUUUCAGAAAGGAGUUGCAGUUAUCAUUUUGCGAUCGUUGGCAAUGUCGUUUUUCCAGUAAUAGGCAGCCUAUUAGGUUGUACGCGAGCAGAGAGAUGUUAAAGAAUGAUAGAUAUUCUAGCAGA